CUUCCUUGCUCGGGACCUGAGCUAGCUCUGUGCCUCAGUUUCCCCUUCCGUAGUGGUGCUGGGUGCUACCCUUCCCCAGGGUUGUGUGGCUUACGGGGUGGUGCUGCGUGGGCACGACUCCUGCUGGUGGCCUGUUUUCUCGUGGCUAUCGAGGUCAUGAUUCAUAUCCCAGUGUGAUGUGUGAGCAAAGAGACAGACUCAUGUGACUAGCCCGGCGAUGCUGCCCGGAUCCUGGAGCACCUGCUUGGUGUCUCCUGUCCUGUCCCUAGUGGGCACACUCUGCCUCUCCCUGACACACGCCACCUCGCUUAACUUGGGGCGGGUUUGACCAUGGUCUAUGUGGGGUGACAGGGUGCUGGCCUCCUCUGCGAGGGCCCAUGGCCCAGCCUAGUCACCAUGACUAAAGGAGGUUGGAUGCACAGCAGGCAAACGAGCGAAUUAGCCAUUGCACUAGGAAUCGAGGGCUUUCUACCCAGCCAUGGCUAGGGAAGGACGGCAGUGUCUUCUCCCACACUCAGGCUUCCCCUCGCUAGAUCCCAGUAAAAUCCAGAGAUGUGUCUCUACCAGGAGUUUGGGCUAACGCAGGCAGCUCUCUCCUCGUAUUGCUACACCCACUGGGCAGUGAAGACUCCCCAAGUCCCUUCCCUGUUUGGUGGCUGUGUCCUGGCUCAGUGGGCCUGUCAUGCUCCGGGCGUGUGGAUGAGCUGCCGUGGACUGGACCUGGAAUGGGCCAGGCAGUUUGCUGUGAGGCUGACCUGUGUGACCAGCAUCUUCUGGGGCAAGGGUUCUCGCCCAAGGAUGUGGUCUCUCCUGCCAUUGUGGCUGGCGCUGUCCGGAGCAGUGGCCUCCCUGCGGUGCCCUGAUGGGCAGCUGUGCCAUGGGCUUGACAUCUGCUGCCGGGAUCCUGGAGGGAACGGCUACGCCUGCUGCGCCCCAUCUCUGGGCUCCCCGCACUCCCUGCCUAUGAUCCAGGCCAGCAGCGUGGCCAAGCCUGCCGGGACCAUGUGCCCCGAUGGUACCCAGUGCCCCACAGAAUACAGCUGCCUGCGCACGCCGGCCGGCUCCUUCAGCUGCUGCCCAUUGUCGGAGGCCGUGGCCUGCGCCGACAGGCAUCACUGCUGUCCCCGGGGGUCCCACUGCAGUGCCGACGGCAGAUCCUGCUUUAUGCUCCCAGGUCUCCCAGCCGCUGGUGCUGUCCAGUGCCCUGAUGGCGAAUCAGAGUGUCCCAAUGAGUCCACUUGCUGCAUGAUGCCCACUGGCUCCUGGGGGUGCUGCCCCAUGCCAGAGGCUGCCUGCUGCGCAGACAAGGUGCACUGCUGCCCCCGUGCCACCACCUGCGACCUGGAACAUGCCCGCUGCAUCUCAGCCACUGGGGAGCAGCCCCUUGGCAGCAAGGUGCCAGCCUGGAAGCGAGCACCGUGGCAGGGAGUGCCAGUCUCACACAGCGUGAUCACCUGCCCUGACCACCAAUCAGUGUGUCGGGACGGCACCACCUGCUGCCAGCUGCCCACCAGCCAGUACGGCUGCUGCCCACUGCAGAACGCCGUGUGCUGCAGCGAUCGCCUGCACUGCUGCCCCCAGGGCACCACCUGCGACCUGCGCCACUCAAAAUGUGCCUCAACGCUGGGCCAGAUGCAGCCUCUCACCCGGCUCCUGGAUGCCUCUGAGGGAGCUCGAGAGGUUCCCUGCGACGAGCAGACCAGCUGUCCUGACGGCAGCACCUGCUGCAGGCUGAGCACAGGGGCCUGGGCCUGCUGCCCCCUGGUGGAGGCCGUGUGCUGCCAGGACCACGUCCAUUGCUGCCCCAAGGGAUACACGUGCGACCCGGCAGAGGGCAGCUGCCAGCCACCUGCUGUCUCCAUCCCCUGGCUGGAGAAAACCCCGGCGCGAGUGCGAGCGCCUUCUAGGGGCCGAGACGUGCAGUGCGACGAGCAGACCAGCUGUCCUGACGGCAACACCUGCUGCAGGCUGAGCACAGGGGCCUGGGGCUGCUGCCCCCUGGUGGAGGCCGUGUGCUGCCCAGAUCACAUCCAUUGCUGCCCCAAGGGAUACACGUGCGACCCGGUGAAGGGCAGCUGCCAGCAGGCCCUGCUCUCUGUGCCCUGGCUGGAGAAAACCCCGGCGCGAGCGCGAGCGCCUUCUAGGGGCCGAGACAUGAAAUGCGACGAGCAGACCAGCUGUCCUGACGGCAGCACCUGCUGCAGGCUGAGCACAGGGGCCUGGGGCUGCUGCCCCCUGGUGGAGGCCGUGUGCUGCCAGGACCACGUCCAUUGCUGCCCCAAGGGAUACACGUGCGACCCGGCAGAGGGCAGCUGCCAGGAGGCCCUGCUCUCUGUGCCCUGGGCACCCAAGUCUCCAGCUCACAUUAUUGGCGCUGCCCAGAGCCGAGGCGUGAAGUGCAACCAGACAGUCAGCUGCGAGGACGGGCAGACCUGCUGCAAGAGCGGGAUGGGCUCCUGGGCCUGCUGCCAUCUGCCAAAUGCUGUGUGCUGUGAGGAUCACCAGCACUGCUGCCCAUGGGGCUACACCUGCAACCUGGCCACACAGAGCUGUGAGAAGCACCAGGCCAGGCAGGUGCUGCCCGUGGGCCUGAGCCUCUCCGCCUCCCUGCUGCCUGCCAGCCCAGAGCCCAGCAACGAUGUGACCUGCGAUGCCCAGCACUACUGCCAGGCCCACCAGACCUGCUGCAAGGCUGCCACGGGCACCUGGGCUUGCUGCCCCUACCAUUGGGGCUUCUGCUGCUCCGACAAGCGCCACUGCUGCCCCUGGGGCUACAGAUGCUCAAAAUCGGGCCUCGACUGCAAGCGGCGCUGGGCCCUGCGCUGGGACGUCGGCACCCCCCAGCCCCAACGGCUGCUGUGAGGUUCCUGUGGGGGCACCUCCAGACCAAGCCAACACUGAGGAGGCAGUGGGGAUCGCUCUGACCCCUGCAUCUGUCUCACUUCCAGCCUCGGGGCCCUUUUCUCUGGCGGCCCCAGGGCAUGCAGACCCUAUUCUCUGCAGGACCUGUCCCACCCAGCCCCUCUGGAGCCAAGUACGUGGGCCUAAGCUCCCCCGCCCCCCCUUGCUGUGGGAGUUUAACCCCAGAUGCAGCAGUGUGGGUGCAUGUAUCUGGGUGCUUUGUCCUCUGCUCCCAUUGCUGCUGCCACCCCCCAAAGGUCCAGUAGGCACCAGGAGUGCCCCUUUCCUGCUGGAGGCCUGAAGAUUAAGGAUCCCCCCUCCCUCGCCUCUAGCAUCUUCUCCUUUUGUGGGUGCCUUGAAGCAGGACUGGGCUGGCCAGGCCUUGCUCCCCCACCAUGUGGGUGCCAGGGGCACUGUAGGGCUAGGGAAGCUGGGCUGCUUUGCUUUCUACACCCCCAGGGGCAGCUGCAUCUCCCUCCAUUUCUCCCUGGCACUUGGGCCCCUCUCUGCCUCCUGUUGUGCUGGAUGUGAACGCCGGGGCUGGGAAGGCAGCUGGGGCGUGGCUAGAACAUGGGCACUGCAGAGUCCAGCUCCUGGUGCCCUCCUACCCCAGUCCCAGAAUGAGCAUGGCCCUGAGCUCCAGCCUGCUGGGCACCUGCCCUUAGUCUAGUUCCCCUAUUCAGGGGUUUCUGCUGACUGCCCAGCCCCUGCCCCCCUCACAGCUGCCCUGAGAGCCCAGGGCUGGACUGGCACCAUGCCCUCUGCUCACCCACUCCCAUGCCCCACCUGUGGCUGGAGCCUGUGCCAGGAAGUGGGGGCCUGGGGGCCAUUUGGGCUGAAGUGGCUGGAAGAGAGUGAGAACCAAUAAAGGGUGUGGAGAAAGGUG